CCAUCUAGUGCCUACACGUAAUGGGGAGGUUAUCAGCGGAAGUCUGUCCCAGGCCAGCCCUGCUCUUUCCCCCUGUGGAGGGCAUAACCCAGUCCCAGCAGCCCUCUUAUCAGGAGAAAGUCUCUGACUAUGAGACUAAGUUGAUGGACUCGGAUGUGGAACAGCUCCGUAUUCCAGAACAAGAGCACAAUUGUGUGGUGAAAAUGCCGUCUGGCGAAUUCUCACGGAUUUGUAGAGACCUGUCCCAAAUCGGGGAUGCUGUCCUGAUCACUUGUGCGGAAGGCGGGGUCCAGUUCUCAGCCAGUGGGGAGUUGGGCACUGGCAACAUCAAGCUGUCCCAGACCAACAUUGUGGACAAUGAGGAUGAGUCAGUGAGAGAGGCCUGACUGCCUCCACACACAUACUCACACGCCCUGACAGUCAAAUCAACAGACACAGGACAUAAUUUGUAGUCAGGCAACUAACCACUAGGCCGACCACUUCAAUAGCAAUUACUGUAGUUGUUUGGAUUGUUGACUUGAGCCAAGUGCACUGCACACUUAAUAAUUAGAUGGGUGCUUACAUUUGUUUCAAGUGUGUAUUAUACACGUGUGAACUGGAAAUGUGUUUUUUGCAUAUCCCGCUCCCCUUGAAAGCGGGAUCAGUGCCAGGAAUCAUCCAUUAUUAUCCAGUGACCCUGAAGCAAUUAAGGUUAAGUGCCUUGCUCAAGGUCACAUCAACAUAUUUUUCAUCAACCAAAUGGUUAAGACCGCCCCAAUUGUCGAAUCCUCAAGGCGCUCCGUUUCUACUCUUAGAGCUUCAAAGAAGUAACAGAGGAAAUGGGAGUUGAGUGUUUAAUUUUGCACGCCCAAUUUUUCAGUUUUUGAUUUGUUAAAAAAGUGUGAAAUAUCCAAUAAAUGUC